ACCUCUUUGCCUAUAAUGACAUCAUUUUAGGGAAAAAAAAUAAUUCAACAAACAUUCAUGCUUGAAGAAUGUUGAAAGUUUGUCUGCUAUUAGAAUGGGCGGGGAGUAAGAGGGACACCAAAACAAAGAGAGCCUGCCUGUUCUCUCAAAGCUCCUCCAUUGCUUGUGUUUCUGCUCAGGGAAAAAUUGCCAUUUCUUUGUCAGCUUUUAUCCUGCGGGUGGACCCUAGCUGGGUGUUUGUUUUCUGUAGUUUUGCCAAAUCACUUUGAAGGCUGGUAUGAGCAUUGAUCAUGUCCUGGAGCCUUUCCUCUUUGUUCUGUCAGCAAAUAUUAGAAAAUGUACCUUACAUUAUCUAGUUGGGAAUAAAGAGGUUGCCCUGCCUGCUCCCAGAGAGCAGCACUUUUAUGUUUCAUGGUCGUCACUCCUGAUCCCGUGGCAGGCCCUGGGGUGUUUGUCAGCGGAGACAGAAGUAGAGCAGUGCGGGACCUGAACCGAUGCUCCUAUGGGAUGCUCGUGUUGCAGGCUGCAGCUUAGCUGUGCCACGGUGCCAGUCCCAAGAGAAUCUCACCCCCUAAGUCAGAGGCUGCAGAUUGGCAUAUCUGGUUGGGUUGUCUGGUUUGUGCAUUUAUUUUGUUGGGUGUGCAGUAUCUCCUAUUUUGGAACCCAGCCUGGGGAGAUCAGAACUGUCUCAGGGGCGACAACCCCAGUAUGUGUGCAAUGAAGGUGCCUGGAAGACAAAGGAUCAUGAGCAGUUUGCUUCAUCUCAGGAGUAGGAUAAGCCCCAGCUGUUGUGUGGAAGCUUCACUCUAAGUUCCCUGCCAGGCCUCCCCGCGUUAUGAUUCCUUGGAUAUUGGCUCGGUCUGGCUUUUUGGGAACUCUGAGGCAAGAAGCCAUAGAGCUGUGAUCUGAGGGCAAGUCCUUUGGAGUAGCUGCCCAUUUGGUGGAAUUCUUUAUGCUAUAUUCUUCAUGUCUCUCCAUUUUACUUCCUUUUUAUUUUUUAAACCCUUUCCCAUAUUGAUCUUAGAGUUUUUAAAACAAUUUUUUUGAGAGAGAUGAUCAGACAGAGUGCUGUUCUAUGUUUACACUCCAAAUGUUCAGGAGCUGGAAACAGUCCAGCUCUCCGUGUGGGUGGCGGGAACCCGCUGCUUGGGCGAUCACCUGCUGCCUCCCAAGGUAUGCACUAACGGCAAGCUGGAAUAGUACCAGACUGGGGAUUCAAACCUAGACACCUUGAUACAGGAUACUAGUGUCUCACUGGCAGCUUAACCACUGCGCCACUCUAGUACUUUAUUAUUGGCAGAGCAUUUUUGUUCUGAAGUUUAUUAAAGUUCAUGCCAAUUGCCUACUUGACUCUAGCCAACUCAGCUGCAAUAGUAAAGGGACUUCACCCAGCUAUGAUGCUGGUCAUUCUGCUAGAAUUAACUGUAUUACCUUCACUUUAUUAGGAAGCUGUGCCUGUUUUACUACUGUGUCUAUCUCCUGGCCUGUCUUAAGACUUCACAAGGACAACAAACUAGUAAAUGUUUAAUGGGCCUUGUCUUUGUCAGAUUGACUUUUUUUUUUUGCAGCUCCUAAUAUUUGCAAGCUGUGGGAAAGUGCUUUCAUCUUUAGCUAAAGAAAUAACAUCUAAUUAAAAGCAAAACUUUUAGACUUAUAAAUUAAGACCUGCUAUGCUCCCUUCCCCUCAGACCAACUGCAGUAAGCAACAAUUCCUGUGGGUUGAAAGUAGAUGGAUUUCUAAGUCUGAUACUUUUCUCAGUGCCUGCCUGCUUCGACUUCCUGUAAUUACUCUGACAUGGUCAUCUCGUGUGUGGAGCACCAUGAUUCUACUGCCUGCUCUGGAGCUCCAUUUCUGUAAAACGGUGGCCACCAUGUCAUUGAAGAUCCAGACAAGCAAUGUUACCAACAAGAAUGAUCCCAAGUCCAUCAACUCUCGGGUCUUCAUUGGAAACCUCAACACAACUGUGGUGACGAAGUCGGAUGUGGAGACCAUCUUCGCCAAGUAUGGCCGUGUGGCCGGCUGCUCCGUGCACAAGGGCUAUGCCUUUGUCCAGUAUUCCAACGAACGUCAUGCCCGGGCAGCUGUGCUGGGAGAGAAUGGGCGGGUGCUGGCUGGGCAGACCCUGGACAUCAACAUGGCUGGAGAGCCCAAGCCCAACAGACCCAAGGGGCUAAAGAGAGCAGCAUCUGCCAUCUACAGUGGCUACAGCUUUGACUAUGAUUACUACCGGGACGACUUCUACGACAGGCUCUUCGACUACCGGGGCCGCCUGUCACCAGUGCCCGUGCCCAGGGCAGUCCCAGUGAAGCGACCCCGGGUGACAGUCCCUUUGGUCCGGCGCGUCAAAACCACCAUACCUGUGAAGCUCUUUGCCCGCUCCACGGGUGCCACCACCAGCUCAGCCAAGAUCAAAUUAAAGAGCAGUGAGCUACAGACCAUCAAGGCAGAGCUGACACAGAUCAAGUCCACCAUCGAUGCCCUGCUGGGCCGCUUGGAGCAGAUUGCACAGGAGCAAAAGGCCAACGCAGAUGGCAAGAAGAAGGGCGACAGCAGCAGUGGUGGCGGUGGCAGUGGCAGCGGCAGUGGUGGUGGCAAUGGUGGUGCAAGUGGCAGUGGCAAUGGCAGCGGCAGCAGCAGCAGCAGCCGGCCACCUGCCCCCCAAGAAGACCAGACUUCUGCGACAGACACAACCCAGGGAGAAGCCCAGGCCCGGGACGACCGUGAUGAGGAGGGACUGCUGACGCAUAGUGAGGAAGAGCUGGAGCGCAGCCAGGACACAGAUGCAGAAGAGGCGGCUUUGCAGUAAGCAGUCUGACAGGAGCAAUGGCUCCCAACAGGAAAAGGGCAUCGCUGUUCCAGGCCUCAAGCCAGGCACCCAUCCCUAGGGGUGCCAGAAGAGAGCAGGCAGCAGGCGCCUCCUCCCCACACACAUCCCAGCCAGUGCUACGUCUUCUGCAGGUGGAGUUCCUGGCCCAUGCCUUCCCCAUGCCCCAUCCUUGUCUGUAUUGCUCAGGCCAGAGGGCAGAACACAGAAGUUUUCCAUCACUCUGUCUCCCCU